AUGGCUAAAGAGCUUUGCACUUUGAGCAUUGGCGGCAUCAAAUGUAAGGUAUCAAGAAGUAUCAUCGAUAGAUUAACAUUUUUGUGGAGGUCGACUUGCAUUAUGUAA